GAAUGGGAUUGCAGGAUAGAGUUCGAAAGGUAGCGCUGGACAGUGGAGUGAAACCUGGCAGUUAUUUGGACGACAUUUGCCCCCACAUGAGUGUUUUGAUAUUAUCAAGUAAAAGUGACAACACGAACAAAAACUAUUUUAACGCUUUCAAAAGAUGGGAGACCUUCAUCAAAUCACAUGGACAAAGAGCACUUCCGGCAAACCCCAUUCACGUUGCAUUGUAUUUGACACACCUUUUAGAUAAUGGCACAACGCAACAUCCAAUUAAUUCGGCUGUGUACGGGAUCAAGUGGGCGCAUGACUGUUUGGGUUUUACAGAUCCUACUAAAAAUUCAUUUCUUCUAUCUAUACAGGAAGCAGCAAGGAGAAAAGUUUCUAAAACUGUGAACAAAAAGGAACCGAUUACCAAAGUAGUGUUAAUAGAAUUAUGUAGUAAGUUCCAGGAAUCAACAGAUUUGUUAAUUAAUCGAAAUCUCACAAUGAUUUUGUUUAGUUUCGCUGGUUUCUUCCGAUUUGAUGAGUUAAGCUCUCUCUUUUUCAACGAUGUACUAAUUUGUGACGAUUAUUUAGUGAUAUGCAUCAGAAAAAGUAAGACAGAUCAAUAUCGGCAAGGGAAUGAAGUACUUAUAUCAAAAGGGGAUAUGCCUGCCUGUCCGGUGAGCAUGUACCAGCGCUAUUUGGAGCUUCUUGGUGAUGUUGAUAUCGGGCUUCAUUCUUUAAGGUCGGGGGGAGCGACUGUGGCUGCAAACGCUAGUGUUGAUGAUAGAUGUCUCAAAAGACAUGGCAGUUGGAAAACUGAUAGUUCAAAAGACGGAUAUAUUGUUGAUUCAGUUGAGAAGCGAUUGCAAGUCUCUAAAUCUCUUGGUUUGUAAUCACAGUCGUUGUUUUUGCCCAUACUUUGUAAUUUCUAGCGCACGCUCGGCUGGCUGUCAUGCAUAGCAUGUUGUUGUGUUUCAUGUUGGUAUAAAAGUAAUGGAGUGAAUACUGAUAUUUUCCCUCGUUUCGAUAGUAUAGGGGGGAAAUGUUGUAUUAAUGACAAGAUGUUUAUACACAUGUAGUGUGGAUUGGUCAGAGAGUGACCAAUAGAAAUUGAUUUUGAUGUAUAAUAGAGAACUGGUUUUAAAGGUUGGUCACUUCUAGCUGCCGAUUUAAG